AUGACGCUGCGGGUGCUCCUGUGCCUUGUGCAGCUCACAAUGUCGGCUUCCAAGGAGGGAUUGUGUGCGUCUGGAGCUUGUGAUUUGCCGGCUUCGGAUGCGCACGCCGCCCUCCAAGUGAAGAAAGUGGCCGAGAGUCAAGGUGAUCCCAAGAAGAUAUUCGGAAAAGCUAUCCUGAGGUUCGACGACGGCACCAUGGAGGUGGAUACUGUCUAUGAGGAUGGCACGUGGGUGAAGGAUGAAACUCUGGUACCAGACGAAGAGAUCGGUGACCUGGGCCUGGGCCCUGAGGUUUGUUGGGGGGUGAUCUGGGUGCGGAAGAGACGAUGUGAUGGUGAUUUGUGCGUUUGUCAGGUGGAGGACAGGGAGGGCAGAUACCGGUGCACUUUGCUACUUCCUGACAGAGCUCUCCAGCAUCUUCCUGGUCUUUCGAAGCAUGAGUUCCAUGGCAAAGCGUGCGAUUCUGCCAAAGAAGCAGGGAAGUCUGCUGCGGAUGCAUUUUUGGGACGAUCCUAUUUUACAGGAGAUAGCACAAUUCUGCCAAAGAAGCAGGGAAGUCUGCUGCGGAUGCAUUUUUGGGACGAUCCUAUUUUACAGGAGAUAGCACAGAACCUGCGACCUUCAAAGAAGGUUCAAAGGCAGAAGAAACGCUGCGCAGAGCGCAAUGUGCAACGAGACGCAAAGUGCGGUGGCAAAGGUGUGGACCCCAGCCUGUCGGAAACCCAGUCAUCUCUGCAUAUGGUUGAUUCCGUACGGACUGAGUUUGCUUUUCGCGCGUAUCUCGGUGUCCCUUUAAGGAUUACCCGACCUAGCACCUUGGCCUUGACGAAGAUCGGUUUGUCGCCCUACCAGCGCUGGCAGAGGGGAGGCACGGAUGUGGAGCGGCAAAGUGGUGAUUAA